AUGCCGCGGGGGUGCGGCUGGAGACCAUCAUGCGGAUCUCCAACCACAGCUCGUCUGAGGCCCUCCUUUAAGACAGCAUGGACGGGCAUGUUUGGACAUGUAUGGACGUCAGCGUGCACCUGAUUGGUCCAUUUAAUACUUUUCUUAACAGUAUGAUGGCGCACACAAAGUUAAAAUAAUGGAAUCUGUCUCUACCAACGUGCCAUACGAGAGCACACCAUUGGCUGUCGCCUACCGCAUAAGUGCGAUUGAAUUCAAUCUUGAUCCAAUUUAGCAUACAUUAAAAUUCAAUUUAAUCAUUU